AAGAGUUAGCACGAUCUUCGUGACGUCGCGAUAAAUAGAUCGCUGGCGGUAAUAUGCAGUGACUUCUCGAUUUCAACCGACGACAGACGACGACCACCGGUGCUAGUCAGUUUAAAAUAUUACUGAUCGAGUGAUGCCACGCUCGCAGGACAUUAAUGUCACCGAUUGAUCCACGGUAACUGCGAUCGCUGUCGUUCCCCAUCGAUCCACACGCGCGCACCCUCCCCCUCUGCACGUUUUCAAUCACGCGACCGUAUCACCUGUCCAACGGUUUUCCCUCCUCGAUCAAACGCAACGGAGUAACCGGUGUAACGUCGCGGAAAAUUUUCUCGGUGCCGCCGCGGAGGUGGAGGAGGAGUAGGAGUAAUCUUCCGUGGUCACGUGACGGAUCGCUGAGAAAACAGUUUCGCCACGGCGAAACAGGAGCAACGCGAAGAUGCUGACCAUGUCGACCCUGAUGAUGCCCACCACGAUGACCACCAUGACGAAUCCAGGCCCUAUACCGGCGCACAGCAUGCCGCAGAAGAUAGAACCGCCUAAGCUGACCGCUGCAGCUACGCUCACCCACACGGCAACGGCCGCCAACAAAUCAGAACACUACCACAUAUUCGUUGGAGAUCUGAGCCCAGAGAUCGAGACGCAGUCCUUGAGGGAAGCCUUCGCUCCUUUCGGCGAAAUCUCAGAUUGCAGAGUUGUGAGAGACCCACAGACGCUCAAAUCCAAGGGAUAUGGAUUCGUUUCUUUUGUUAAAAAAGCGGAAGCGGAAAGUGCCAUCGGUGCUAUGAAUGGACAAUGGCUUGGUAGCAGGAGUAUUCGAACGAAUUGGGCGACUCGCAAACCUCCUGCACCAAAAUCCGAAGCGAAUGCGAAGCCAUUAACCUUCGAUGAAGUGUACAAUCAAAGUAGUCCGACCAACUGCACAGUAUACUGCGGUGGACUAACGAAUGGUCUAACGGAAGAACUAAUGCAAAAAACGUUCUCGCCUUUUGGAUCCAUCCAAGAGAUUCGUGUAUUCAAGGAUAAGGGUUAUGCUUUCAUCAGGUUUUCUACCAAAGAAUCAGCAACACAUGCUAUUGUGGCAGUACACAACACUGACAUCAAUGGUCAAACGGUGAAAUGCAGCUGGGGCAAGGAAAGCGGAGAUCCAAACAAUGCUCAACAAACUGGACAGGCGUUAUCGUCGGCGACGUAUCCAUACUACGCGGCGGCAGCAGCUGCCGCCGCCGCCGCGGCGGGCGUCGCGGGUGUCGGAGGCGUCGGUGGCGUCGGCGGUGCUGGACAGCUCGGAUACUGGUAUCCACCCCAAUCUUAUCCCACGACAGCGACACAGAUGCAAGCCGGUGGUUUCCUGCAAGGAAUGCAGGGAUACACUUAUGGACAGUUCGCUGGAUAUCAACAGGCGCAAUACAUGGGAAUGGGAAUGGGUGUCCACGCCGCUGGCACGGCAGCAGGCUGGGGCCAGGGAUUGCCUGGGGGACCACAGUUACCGCCACACCACGCCACGACGGUCACGGCACCCCCAGGGGUGCAAGCCGCACCCCCACCACCACCACCUCCGGCACAAAUGAUGGCCUACCCGAUGCAACAGUUCCAGCCUUCUAGUGUGAUGGUAAGCAAGUACACCCCACCAACAGGAACAACUUCUACAGCAACAACAGUUACCACCACCACCAUUAUCACCACAACCACAACUACCAACAACAACAAAAUAUCCGUCACCGUCGACGCCACCGCGACAGCAAAAGCAACAGAAAUCAUGCCGCUUCCGGCUUGAUCGAUGAAAUAUUUCCAAAAACACAGAGCAUACGAGAAAAAUACAAGCAGAGGGCAGCAAAAUUUGCCGGUGCAUAGUUAAACGAUCGCUUUAGUAACGAAAAAAAAAAAAAAAAAAAAGAACAAAGCAGAAAGAAAAGAGAAGAAAACAGAGCGAGGGAAAUGAAAGACGAGUAAAAAUAGAAAGGGGGAUGAAUUCUUUACCUGUAGAAUGUUUCUUAAAUUAAACGAGAGAAAAAAUGGGAAAAAGAAACUGAGAUAAGGAUAAGGGAAUUUACUCGAUGGUUCCCCGAAAAUUUUCACGUCCAAUACAGCCGGCAAUCUUUAC